AUGCAGCAGGAACAGAGCAGCCCACUUCAUAACAUACUAAUAGAGAGAAUUACCUCACUCGUUAAUAAUAAUGAAGUUGCCAGCAAACAAGUAAAAAGCAGCCAGAGAAAAACAGAUAAGGUACCUGCUGGAAAAUGUAUACGGAUUCGUUUGUAUCCUAAAAGAGAAGAACGAGAGAAAUUACGCAAAUGGAUGGGGACUGCUCGUUGGACAUAUAACAAGUGCCUUCAUGGCAUUACAAAGGAGAACAUCAAACGAAAUAAAAAAGACUUGCGUGCACACUUUCUUAACGCUAAAGCGUUUAACACUACUCCAGAACUAAAAUGGGUACUUGAGACCCCUAUGAUAUUCGUAAUCAGGCUAUGGAUGACUUGUUAA